AUGCUCAUCGAUGGAAAGAAGUACGCGUGUGCAACCUGCAUCGCUGGUCACCGCACCAGCAAGUGCCAGCACCGCGACGGCCGCGAGCUUAAAGAGGUGAAAGCACGAGGACGCCCGACAACUCAAUGCGACAUAUGCCGGGAGAGGCGAAGGCAAGGCGGAUCAGCGCAUGGGAGAUGCUCGUGU